AUGGCUCACAGAAUAGAGUGCUUUUUUAGAGUGCCUGCAGAUGUGACUGGUUCUGUAUCUUCACUUCUAUCUGGGGUCACAAUUCUGUUACUACUGUCUAGCCGGUCUGUAGGUUCAGUGGAUAUCAAUUCUACAACGAUCAUUACAGAAUACGUUUGUAAUGGGAAGUGCAGUGCUAGCAACUGUAGGGAGGUAACGAACUGUAUCACCGAGUGUGGCGGAUGUGAGGCCCCAAUGUACAAGUUACACCUAAUCUACAGUCCAUUUUGUCUGGAAUCAAGAGAGAAGCGCCAGGUUCCAGAAGUUGAAUCCACGCCAUCCACAACCACAACACCCUCAACGACCACAGUCAAGAAUGCAUGGAUUUGUAAAAAUUGUUCCGUUGUCGGCUGCAACAAGUGCACAGACCUGAUCGAGACACCCACCUGUGAGGUUUGCCAAGCUGGCUAUCAACUCAACAAUGUCACCAACACGUGCUACACGGAAGUAGCAGAAGGGCUGUCUGGUGUUGCCCUUGCUGGGAUUGUUAUUGCUGUUGUGUGUAUUGUGGGUAUCGCCAUUGUCAUCGUUCUGUUCGCGCUUCGCAAGUUUCGUGGAUCUCGAGAUGUUACUGCCCGCAGUGAGAGAAUGCAGGACUCCCCAAAGAAUAACAAGAAAAAUUUCAGCAGGGCCAGCCAAGAAAACAAGGAACUACAGGAACUUGGUGAAGCCCCUCCACCUCCUGCAGAAUCCAACGAUUACACUGACAUGCAGCACAAAUACGAUCCUCUGGACACAAAGAAUCAGAAUGAACCUCAACUCUAUCUUCCUAUGCAACAUGAAGACGAUGCCCUAUAUCUUAACACAGCAGCCGUGGAAAAUGAAUUCAGACAUGCUCAAGGACUUUAUGAGAAUACACAGCAGACAAGCCAUCCAGCAGUUAACCAGGCGAAAUCACCAAACGACAACACGGCAAAACACACCGCCCUCGCCAAAUCCCAAGAGUCCAUUGACUAUUAUGAGCCAGUCGGAAGUGCCUCUUCAGCUCAAGAAACACAAGAGGUUUACGAAAAUAAUGAUUCAGCAGUUCUAGUUCAAAACGGCGCACCUGAAAUAGAUGACAUUUAUCUAAAUGAAAAUGUAGAUGAUGUGUACCAGAAUGCUUAA